UGUCGUAACGUAAUCGACAGUUGUCUGCACUUGGUUAAAUAGCUUGGUUAAAUAAAUGAUUUAAAUAAAUGAUUGUUACGUUGAUUAAUGUUAACAAUGUGGGUCUUAUUGUGUGUCAAAUCACGACCGCAAUCCUUCAAGAGUUACAAAUAUUUGCCGAUGUUGCGCUUCAAAUGCUUUUGGGCGUUUUAUUGUGAAAGUCCGGCGACUGGCCCCGCCCCCCGGUUUCCCUUUUUCUUAUUUCGUUUUGAAAGUGGAGAAAAGGAGAAUGAGUAAAUCAGUAUAUCGCAAAUGUGUUUUAUUGACUUACGGAAACGAAACACAGCAUAAAAAGUCGUUAUUCACACAUGAAUAAUGAAUUGCACUUCAUGCACGGACCCUGUGGUCCACACAAACCGAGCCUUAACGAGGUGGUGCGCGCUCCCGCGUACGGCAAUCGAUUUCUGGCAGUCACCUGUCUGAGAAUGUAAUACUUUCACUUAGUCACCGCCAGAGGAGAGUUCAAGAAACACGGUGUGAGAUGUGUGGCAUCUGGGCUUUGUUUGGCAGUGAUGAGUGCCUGUCCGUGCAGUGCACCAGUGCCAUGAAGAUAGCUCACAGGGGCCCUGAUGCCUUCCGCUUUGAGAAUGUCAACGGUUUCACCAACUGCUGCUUUGGCUUCCACCGACUGGCCAUUGUGGACCAGCUGUACGGCAUGCAACCCUUGCGCAUCCAGAAGUUCCCUUUUUUGUGGCUGUCCUACAACGGAGAAAUUUACAACCACCACACGCUCAGGAAGCAGUUUGAGUUUGAUUACCAGACUAAAGUGGAUGGUGAGAUUCUACUCCAUCUGUAUAAUCGCUUCGGCAUUCACAAGACUGCUUCUCUCCUGGAUGGGGUGUUUGCCUUCAUUCUUCUGGAUACUGCCAACAAGAAAAUCUUCUUGGGCAGGGAUACGUACGGUGUGCGUCCUCUGUUCAAACUCCUCACUGACGAUGGCUUCCUGGCUGUCUCUUCAGAGGCCAAAGGGCUUAUUAACAUCACUCAUAAGAUGACCAGUCCAGCCAAUAUUGAGCCCUUCCUCCCUGGACACUAUGAGACCUUUGCCUUGAAGCAGAAUGGCAAAGUUCAGUCCAUGGAGAUGCGACAGUUCCACUGCCUCACACAGGAACCUGCACAUGCCGUAUACGAUACCGUGGAACAAUUAUCUAAAAGUUUUGAUGAAGAAACUGUGAAAAACAACAUACGAGCCCUGUUUGAGAAUGCGUUAUGGAAACGUCUGAUGUCUCACAGAAGGAUCGGCUGUCUGCUGUCAGGUGGUCUGGACUCCAGUUUAGUAGCUGCCACGCUGGUGAAACUGGCCAAAGAGGAGAAGCUACAGUACCCAAUCCAGACAUUUGCUAUUGGGUCAGAGGACAGUCCAGACAUCAUAGCUGCUCGUAAGGUUGCUGCUCACAUUGGCACAGAGCACCACGAGGUGAACUUUAAUGCAGAAGAAGGCAUCAAGGCUCUAGACCAGGUGGUUUUUUACCUGGAGACUUACGACAUCACGACCAUACGAGCUUCUGUUGGCAUGUACCUAGUGUCAAAGUACAUCAGGGAGAAGACUGACAGUGUGGUGAUUUUCUCUGGAGAAGGAUCCGAUGAACUGGCUCAGGGAUACAUUUACUUCCACAAGGCUCCAUCUCCAGCAGCAGCAGCAGAGGAAAGCAUUCGUCUGAUGAAGGAGCUUUAUAUGUUUGACAUCCUUCGCGCUGACCGCACCACUGCUGCACAUGGUCUGGAGCUCAGGGCCCCUUUCCUAGACCACAGACUGACUGCUUAUUACCUCUCCCUGCCUGAGGAGAUGAGGGUUCCAAAGAAUGGAGUGGAAAAGUACCUUCUGAGGGACACCUUCAGUGGCCUCAACUUGAUCCCUGAUGAGACUCUGUGGAGGCAUAAAGAAGCCUUCAGUGAUGGUGUGAGGUCUGUGAAGAAGUCCUGGUACACCUGCCUGCAGGAUCAUGCGGAAACGAUGGUGAAUGAUGAUCAGAUGAAGGAGGCUCACAAGACAUUCAGUCACAACCCCCCCCACUCCAAGGAGGCCUACUACUUCAGAGAACUGUUUGAGAAGCACUACCCAGGCAGAGCCCAGUGGCUGUCCCAUUACUGGAUGCCACGCUUUAUUGACACCGAGGACCCUUCAGCCCGCACCCUGUCUAUCUAUAAACCCAACAAAGACCAGUGACCUGCUGGUGCCAACACUCUUACUGUUACCUUUUUGUAACAGUAAGUGUUCUGUUCAUAUAUUGUGUCUUACUCUUUAAAUGUGUAAGACACAAUAUAAUGUGUGAAAAACUGUGAACUCUACAACUGAUUAAUUAAAUGAAGCUUCUUUGUGCAUUGGCUCAAUCCACCAGCAGAGUGCAGCCUUACCUCACACUGAGCACCAGAAGGACCGCUCACAUGUGAUGGAUGUAUUCAACUGACCGCUUUCAAGGUGGACUUCAACCAGUAAAGAAAACCAAUUUAAUAUUUGUCUAACUACUAAAGAUAGCAGUUUGUAUGCGGGUGGAGAGCAUUUUUGAAGGGCUCAUCCACUGUUGUAUACAUAGAACAACCUGAAGCCGCAGACCUUUAGCCUUUAUGUCAGAGGGACAUGCUGUUUGUCUGCUGGCACAAACACAGCACGCCUACAUCAUUACAACAUGGAAACAUAAUCCUUUUAUUGUACUAACAGUGAUCCAGAUUGUACUAUACAGCUCCACAGAAAUGGAACCCUUCAUGACUCCAUGAAUGAGAGCUGCCAGUAGAGAAGUGAGUGCUCAGCGGCGCCGGUCGUAGCUCCGCAUUGUGCUCCACUCGUAGGACUCUGCAGAAAGACACUGAGUUAGCAUCAUUCUUUUUUACUGCGUCAAUUAUGUUGAGAUUGAGUAGAACGUACCUGGCUCCUCUUGGCUUCUCUUUCCCAUUAGUCCAACAAAUGAGUUGAUUUUAUGCCCUUGACAAACAGAGAUGGUAUUAAAACAUGUCCCUGUAGGGACAGCUAAGACAGCACCUGGAUCAGAACCUCAUGGCUGACAUUCUAACCUCACCAAACACUGGAUGCCUGCUGCCAUGGUGGAGACUCAACCUUUAACCCCCAUGGAUGGGCUUGCCCUUGGUACCUUGCCUGGAAUAUUCUGUGACACCAAACACGCUAUGCAAGAGGUUCUGCCAGGUUGCCUGUGAUAUUCAUUUGUUGGACAGUUGUGUCACAGAAUGAAGGUACUUUAAUAAUUAGAUAUUCUAAAGAAUUUUAACUAAUGAGAUGACAUUUUAUCUACAUGAAUAUAACAGAUUAAUGAGAUACAUUGGAAGAUGUGUGUGUAUUUAAAGGAUGAGGCAAAAACCUUGUAAUAACUGAAGGAAGGGUGAUGUGUGGCUACCUCCAUCCAUCACAACCAUAAACAAUCCAAUUUAACUGUCAGACGUCCUUGGGGUAUUGAUCCCCGUGCUCUGCCUUUGCCUGAUGAUGAGUGACUGCAUAAGAGGAAUAAAUUAGGCAUUUUCUUACAUAUGCUGCACUGCUGAGUGGGUGACUAAUUUAGACCAAAUACCCCAUCAGAGAAAGGGAAAAUCCCUUCCUCCUCAUUCCUUUUACCUCCUUAUCUUGCUCUUGUCCACACAGACAUAUACUCUGUACCACCUUCCCCUGACAAAUGAAUGUGGUCCAGUGUUCAAAAGAGACACUCAAAUAAUCUGUCCUAUCAAAUAAUUGCUUGCUGCCUUCAGUGUAUUACCACUGGCACCUCCAUUUGUUUGUUCCUCAUCAUAUUUCCAUUAGUGAAUCCAAGCGGGUAACCAACCCACGUUAGCUUUGUGUCUGUAGAGGGGCCAAAGCCAAACAGCUGCUAACUUGGUCUUCAUCAAAGUUUAUUCCUGCCUUUAAUCAUAAAUUCAUUUGAUUUAA